AUGAACGCCUUCAACUUCCUGUGCGCCUUGGGCCUCUUGGCUGCUCUGCAGGUGACCUGGGCAGAGGAUGUGGAGACUUUGGCAGAGGGCACAGUCCUGGUGUCCUCCUCAGACCAGAGUGACAUCGUGAACAAGCAUAAUGCCCUGAGGAGAAGUGUUCAGCCCACUGCCAGCAACAUGCUGAAAAUGAGCUGGAGCAGCCAGGCUGCAGCCAACGCUCAGAAAUGGGCCAACGGCUGCUCCAUGAAUCACAGCCCUCCCAGCUCCAGGAAGAUCAGCACUAGUGGCUGUGGAGAGAACCUGUACAUGUCCAGCUACCAAAGCACGUGGAGCGACGCCAUCCAGUCCUGGUACGACGAGGUGAAGGACUGGCGCUACGGAGUGGGAGCGCUCAACGGAGGAAUGAUCGGACAUUACACACAGGUUGUGUGGUACAGGUCCAACCAGGUCGGCUGUGCUGUGGCCUACUGCCCCAACUCUGCAUACAAGUACUUCUAUGUGUGCCAGUACUGCCCACCGGGAAACUACCAGUACGCUCGCCCCUACAAAUCAGGACCCUCCUGCGGUGACUGCCCCAACGCCUGCGACAACAAACUGUGCACCAACCCCUGUCCCUACGCUGAUCAGUACAGUAACUGCCCGGACCUGAAGCAGCAGUGGGGCUGCAGCAACAAGGACGUGGCCUCUUGGUGCGCCGCCUCCUGCAAGUGCACCUCGCAAAUCAUUUAA